AUGAUGGACACAGCACAGAACUGGACGGCGUCAGAGUGGUACGCGACAAUCCAGGCAUGGCGCAUCAGUAAGCCAAUAGUGUCAUCAUCAGCAAAUGCCGUCAUACCAUCUGCAGGCACUGUGUCAUCUACCAGUGGCACAAGUACAACAGUGUCAUCAUCACAACAGCAACAACAGCAACAACAGCAACAAUCAAGCUCAAGCUCAUCUACAUCAACCGAUCAAUCAGAUCUGAUCACUACCGACAAGAUCUCACAACCACAACAACAGGAUACACAGCAGCAGCAACAACAACUACAACAACAAACAAGUUCAUCAUUCACACAGGCUCAGAUCGGUGCACUGUCAUCUCAUUCAUCACUAUCUAGCUUUGCAUCGAUAUUGUCCGAGAGCAACAUCUUGGCCACGCCCUCAUACGUCAUCGUCGAGAUCCUUCUCAAGUCGCUCAAGUUUGAAAAGGAUGACAUCCUUCGCAUCAACAUCCUAUUGUUCCUCCAAGAGAACUCAACACUAUUGCUCGAAGAGGAUACCAAGAGGUUUGAGCGAGUGUUCAACAUACUUCAAUCAUUGGUCAACUCACAGACGGACAGUUAUCCGGUCAAGAGUCAGGUGUUGUCAACAAUGACCACGAUAUUGAUAUGCGAGUCAAUCAUAAAGACUCAUCCUAGACUUGUGGAGAGCUUUGUCGACUUGCUCUUUGACAUUAUCAACAAGAUCAACAACAGUCCUGAUCGACUACUAAGAGGAUCGGCAUGUCUAUGUUUGAUGGAGCUGGAGCUCACCUACCCUCGCCUGCUCUCAUCCUUCCUGCCAACACUACUCCAGCAUGUCCAGAAUGAGAACACUCAUCUCAUCCAGUCCUACACUCAACUGUUCACAACCAUUCUCCAACAUACCAUGAUCAGUGAGUAUGAAGAUCAAGCACACAUUGCACAACAACAACCAGUGUCUCCGAUAUACUCGUCUUCAUCAUCUGGAUCGAACUCUUCGUUUAAGCCUUCAGGUGGUGGAUCGGUGGUCUCGCCAAACUCGACACAGACACAGACACAGCAACAGCCAUCCAAUCAAAGCUCUUUGAAUUACAAGCGAUCACUCUCAAGGAUACCGUCCACGACCAACCUGCAGGUGCCCAGCCUGUUUGCCGAGCCAGCGGCGCACACGGCCUUUGCCAUCCCACACAACAUCAAGUACGCGCCCAUGACGGUGCCGCAGAACCUGACGGGCGCCAAGCUGCCCGAGUCCGUGGGCAAGGAACUGCUAAAGUGCAUAAGCGUCGUGGUGGAUCAAUCGCCGCAACUCAAUCAAUGGGGACUGGUAUCGAUCAUCCAACAGCUCGUGCCCCUUGUCGACAUUGCCACCAUCUCUCCCAAUGUCUUCCGCCAUCCCCAUCUCUACAAGCUAUUCUUCAUCAAGAAUCCACUACAAUUCCAUCUACUUCUCUUCCUCGCGCUCAAGUUCCCCGAGAUCUACUCCCAAGAGGACAUCGACACCUUCUUCAACAGGCUCAUCAACAUUAUCAAUGAUGUAUCAGUGUCACUCGAGGCAAGAAUCAUUGCGAUUGAUUGGUUGUUGAAGAUGCCAAGUAAGCUGAGGAGCAAUGACUCGGCAAGGAGUCCGCCACUGGCAGUGUCGAUUUCAAGGUUCUACACACAGUUCUAUCCGUCAUCAUUCGACACGCUCUAUUUGAAGGAGGUGAAGCUGUAUGCCAUGUGCAAGUGUAUAAUGGAUAGCGCACAGGGUGGCACCGGCACCAAGCCACAGCCACCAAGCGAUCUACUCAAAUCAUUGAUCUGUCUCGAUGAGUUUAGAUAUCACAAGAAUGACAAUGCACCUCCAACCAGAAUAGUCUUCUCUAUCCUGCUACAAUACCUAAUAUCAUUCCCAGCGGCUGUCUUCAAGAACAUCGAGUCGUUCUUGUCUGAGCUACUGGUCGACUAUAGUCACUUGCUGAACAACAUUAUAUCAUUGCUCAAUGGUAUACCAGACCGCAAGACACGCAUCAACCUGUUCUUGUCACUGUCCAAGGUGAUCGUGGCACUCAAACCCAACAAGUUCCUGCAUUACCUAUCGAUCGUCGAGCGCAUCAUACUGGAGGAUCACAUCAACCCGACGGCACUGCUCAACAAGGUGCACGACCUCGUGCGUCGUCGCUCGAUCUGCGCCACAGGCGACUGGGUCACUGGCAACACCAUCAUCUCGAUCUGUCGUCGCUCACUCAUACAUCACAACACUCAGACGCUGUUCAAGCCACUUCGUCUGAUCCUGUCGACACUGAGCGCACACUUCUCCAACCUGGAAAUCAGAGACAGAGCACGCUUCUACGAUCGCAUGCUGACACAUCUGCCCGAUGACAAGAUCAAGUCACUGUUGACGACGCAGGGCACCACGGCCGACGACUCCAACAUCAGCGGCAUGUCCAUGUCGUCGCUGUCCACGAUGAAGAUCAUCAAGUCCCCAAACAACUACAUCUCGAUCACCCCGACCAAUGACAAGCCGAUCGCGCAUCACUACACGAUCGACCCCUCGUUUGACAACGCGGUCAUGCUGGGCGACGAUGCAGACCAGAUGUUCCAGGAGUACCACCGCAUGAUCAAGGAGUUCAGCCACCUGAGCGCCAAGAUCGUCAUCCCGUACCGCAUCCGCUACAAGCCCAACCAGCCACCUGUAAAUUUCCCGCCCAAGGUCUAUGCCUUGCUGAUCCAGUUCAAGCAGGCGACCCCGUUGUACGCGCCAAUCAACCCAAUCAGGAUACCCUACCUGUGCUACCCCGAGUCCGAGGACAAGGCAUUGGAGUUCCCCUAUUGCUUCAAUGUGGACAUCACAUUCCAUCCACAUCAUCCCAUGCCCAGCAACAUCAAGGUGAAGAUGGUGUUCAACAACGACGAGGGUAAGACAUGCAAGGCCAGUGCGUCCACCAUCUCUGUUCAAUUCCAGGACAUCUUCAUGCAGGUUCCCGUGCCCUCCUUUGUCAAGUCCGUGCCUCAGUUCAGAUCAACACUAUUCGACAAACUCUGGAAACUAAUGGUCGAUGAGCUCAAUGUGGAGCAGAAGAAUCCACAGUACAUGCACUCUGUAAAGUAUAUCAAUGUUGCCAAGGAUGUGAUUGUUGCAUCCGUUCGUGCCAAUCUAGGUCUAUACUUGAUUGAGGACCAGGACCAAGACCAGGACCAGGAUCAAGUCCAAGUCCAGGAGCAAGAGCCUGAGAUGAAGAAGAUGGAGGACUUGGCAGAAGCCGAUGCAGCUUCAUCAUCUAGUGAGACCAACAAGGUGGCAGCGAUUCCAUCAGUGGCCAAGAUGAUGAAGAUACUUGUAUUCCUACCACCACAACAUCACAUGUUGUUGUUGUUCACCAUCCAUGCUGAUUCAACAAUCGUACACAUCAAGACUGAUUACUGGAGAGCAUUGUCCUACAUCGAUCCAUUCCUCAAAUCAUUGACCAAGCAUCCCGAUAAGGUACAACAACAUUCUAGCCAAGAGUCCAAAUGA